AUGGAAAAGCCUCUCAAUGGGAAAGACCGUCGUGAGAUGAGGAAGAAAAGUACUGAUCGAUUUCAGCAAAGUGGAGAUCCUGCAGCAUGUUAUCGACUACAUCCUGGACCUGCAGCUGGCGCUGGAGACGCACCCUGCUCUGCUGAGACAGCCGCCACCGCCCGCGCCACAGCUCCACCCGGCCGGGGCUUGUCCGGCUGCGCCGCCGCGGACCCCGCUCACUGCGCUCAACACGGACCCGGCCGGCGCCGUGAACAAGCAGGGCGACAGCAUUCUGUGCCGCUGAGCCGCGCUGGCCAGGUGUGCGGCAGCCUGAGCACCAGCGAGUCAGGAGCCCUAGAAAGGGAGGGCCAGAGCAGAAAUCAAGAGAAAAAAGCCACCGGAGGAAAAAGAAAAAAGUCUUCAGCAAAUCUAGAAACGUCUCAUCUCGUCAUUCCAAGAGAGAGAGAGAGAGAGGAAAAAUAAUAAUAAUAAAACUUUCAUUCACUUUUAAUUUUUUGCACGUUCACAAGCUUUCUCCGUACGUAUUCUCUUUUGUUUCUUUUAUAACCGCUGUGAAUUGUACAUUUCUGUGGUUAUUUUUGUCACCCUUUGGGAGGUGCAGUUAAACUUGGAAGUUUAAGUGUGACAGGACUGCUAAGUAGAAGACCAAUAGUGAAUCCAACUUUAGAGGCUACAUUGUGACGAGGGAACUUGUUUUUGUUUUUGAAGCUUUACUAAUAUACCAGAGCAUUGUAGAUACGUUAUUUUACAUCUAUUGUUUAAAAUAGAUGAUUAUAACAGGGCAGGGAACUUCUCUGCAAGAAUGUUACAUAUUGUAUAGAUAAGUGAGUGACAUUUCAUACCCUGUAUAUAUAGAGAUGUUCUAUAAAGUGUGAGAAAGUAUAUGCGCUUUAAUAGACUACUGUAAUUAUAAGAUAUUUUUAAUUAAAUAUUUUUUGUAAAUAUUAUGUGUGCGUUUUUUUAAUCUAUGGGAAUAUUUCUUUUAGAAAAUUCUUUUCCAGCUCCCUUGCAGAGCUCUUAAUAUCUCAAAGUGUUUUGUUUGACCAGGCUGUUGAUUUGUUUUUGUUUUGCUCAGUAUCCAGUAUCUGAGGCUCGGCAGUUACAGCCCUAGGUACAGGUCUUGCAUGAUUGCAUGAGAUGUUUAAUCACAAAAUAAACUUGUUCUGAGUCCAAUCAGAUGUGUUUUCUUUAACCUAGACAGAAACCUUUGUAUCUGAAGUGUACAUGUUGAAAACAUACCUUAUCGAUUUUUAAGUACAGGGUUUUAUAGUGUAAUACAUAAAGAAUUAAGUGUGUGAGUUUUUUCUUUUCUUUUUGAACUGAGAUUAAAAAAUUAGAUUCCAGGUGAUUUUGCAUAUAGGAUGGAGAAAUGCUUGGCUAUUUAAGGAGUCCACAGAAUCUGCUCUUAUCAAAGUGAAAAUGCUUGUCGGUCUUCAUUUUACACUAAAGCAUAAUGUCAUGAAGUUUCGUAUCUGUACAGAUCAUUUAAGUCAUAGAAAUGAAAAAUGUUCUCUGCUUGCUACCAAAGGACAAACUCUUGGAAACGGACAUUUUCUGCCCUCCUUUCUCCAAAGAAUAUUACUAGGCAUCAGUAGAAGAGGAAAAAUAAGAGCAUAGUGGAAAAUCCUUCAAGCAGGGAUAAAAGUCGAUCUUCAAACAUUAACUUACGUAGACCAAAAAUUCUGAUGACCACAUCUAGAUUAUUUUUUUAUAAAAAUGAUUUUCACUAUAGCGAUGUCAGUUACCACUAAGCUCCUGUCCAAUUUCAUGUGAUGUGUAACUUUUACAUGUGAAAAUUAAAAGUAGAUUUAUCUGUCUUGUACUGUGA